AUGCCCCCUUCAAGCCAAAGAACCUUCGAGCUCAGUAUCAGAGUCACUCAAACUCAGGGCAACGUAUCUGAGCUCCAAGCAUCGCCCACCACUCCCCAGCAGCUUUUGCAGCUGGUUAGACGCCGUAUAGUCGAAGCUGAGGGGCCCGAGUAUUUCGAAUACCAACAGGUCUCGCUUGAAGCUGGGUCCUUCGUGGUACGAAGCUUCUCCAGGGAUGGCAAUGUGGAACAAGCAAACCCAACCUUGAGCUACAAUACACUAGACAGGGUGCUCUCGGUGACCAUGUCAAGCAUGACCCACGGCAGCGCGUUUCUUUGGGGAGUAACCGAAAUGAUUGACAGCCUUAGCCAAGGAUACUUCACCAGGAACGAGUUCAGAUAUCUGAUGAUGGGUGGGAAUGACGGAUUCUUCAGCUUUCCCGCGCCGUGGGCCGCUGGCAGCUAUAAAGAACCCGAUUUCCACAUUAUCCACCCUAACACAUUGCUACCUACAGUGGUUAUUGAAUGCGGAUACUACAAUGAAAGCAAUACCAAGCUGCAAUGUGAUAAAGAUCUUUGGAUGCUGGGCGGAGCACCGCAUGUCAAUGUCGUUAUCCUGAUAAAGUGGGAUAAAGAGGUGGAUAGUAACCGCGUAUCUGGGUGGAUCGAAUUGCAUCGCCGCGGGGAUAAUGGUGCCGCUAUACGGAAGGACAUCUUCCCAGCUCCUGCUCCUGGAACGCCUUGGGAGAGCGAGAGCAUCGCCUUGUACAGAAGCGACUUUUAUUCGGGAGGCGAAGUACCACCUAGAAGGAAUAGAAACGAUAUCUGGCUAUGGAACUUGAACCGCCUGAGAGACAUUGCAAGGCAGAGAAUGGCCAUUGAGGGACUUGUUCCAGCUUAG